AUGGAGGACCAGCUCGUGCAGCUCCUCGCCAACACGCAGCUGCCUGACCAGGGCCCCCGACAGCAGGCCGAGAUCGAGCUUAAGCGCGCUCGCUCGAAUCCUGCUUUCCCCGUCUCCCUGGCAAACAUUGCCUCGCAUGCCUCGGUCGCCACGGCCGUCCGCCAGUCGGCCCUGUCCACCUUGCGCCUCUUUAUCGAGCAAAACUGGGCCAACGACGACCCCGGCCACGAGCCCUCCAUCCCCAUCUCGGACGAGGCGAGAAUACUGCUCAAGCAAUCGCUGCUCGACCUGGCCCUCGGCCACGAAGAGGACCGCAAGGUCAAGAUUGCCGCCAGCUAUGCCGUGGGCAAAAUCGCCAUCCACGACUUCCCCGACCAGUGGCCGAACCUCCUCCCCACCGUCCUCGCCCUCGCCCCAUCGGGCACUGAUACCCAGCUCCAUGGAGCUCUCAAGGUCCUGGGCGACCUUGUCGACGAAAGCCUGAGCGAGGACCAGUUCUUCUCCAUGGCCGGGGACAUCGCCGGCGCACUCACUCAGGUCGCCCUCAACACGGAUCGAAAGCCCAUGCUUCGAGCCCUGGCCGUCUCCGUCUUCCGCGGAUGCCUCGACCUCAUGAACAUGGUCAAGGAGAGCCACUCUCAAGAGAUCGAGGCCUUUGCCAAGCACUUGCUCGAGGGUGACGCCGCCUCUUCCUCUCCCGCCUGGAUCCCCUUCUUCAUCGGCGUUCUCCGGGAGCGUCUGCCCGCCGCAGAUCUGAGCCUGGGCCAACCCGAUGUCUGGAAUAGCCUCAUUGCGCUCAAGCUGCAAGUCGUCAAGACUCUGAUCCGCCUCAGUGCGGUGUGGGACGAGCUCACAAGCAUGCAGGAGCCCCACGACCGGCUCUACAUCCAGUCCAACGCCCAAGGCCGGCUCGAAGACUCGGACAGCCUGCCCUACACCCUCGACUUUCUCGUCCUCGAGGAGCUCGACUUUUUGAACCAGUGCUUCCGCGCGCCCCGCGUCAAGGCCGAGCUCGACUCGCAGCUGCAAGCCCACCCCUCGGCCCACGAUGUGCCAUGGAUGGCCCAGAUCAUGACCAUGCUCGUCAGCUACGCUCGUGUCACCCAGGAAGAAGAAGAGCUGUGGGACAUUGACUGCUCUCUCUACCUGGCGGAAGAGACUUCGGUGACGGCAAACUAUACCGCGCGCACGGCGGCCGGCGAUCUUCUCAUCAAGAUGGGCGAGUGGUUUGAUCAAAAGGCCAUUGACGGCCUGUUUGGCUACACCAGAGCCCUCUUCCCCAGCAACGUCACGUCCUGGCGAAGUCAGGAGGCAGCUCUGUAUCUCUUCGUCAUGCUGCUGGGCGACUUCCACGAUCUCGGCAAGCAGAUACCCGAGGCCGUUGCCGUCGAAUAUUACAAGCUGGUCGACUACGCCAUUUCGCGGGCCGAGGAGCCACUGCUGCGAGCGCGCGGGUACUUGGUGGCUGGCAAGCUCGGCCAGUGUUUCCCAUUGCCCUCGGUGCAGCCGAACCCUGCGAGUCCUGCGGCGCCGCUGCUCGAUCACAUGAUCAAGGCCAUUACGGCCGAGGAGUCAGAGGUGGUCCAGGUCGCCUGCGUCAACGCCGUCGAGGGCUUGGUCAGCGCCGAGAGAGUGGGCCUCGAUAAGCAGACACCCAUCAUCAUGGCCAUCAACACCUACAUGAGCAGCAAGGACCCCGCCGACAUGGAGGAGGCCGACGAGCUGCUCGUGACCCUGGCCGAGGCCUUACGAGCCGCCAUCAUCAUGGACACCAGGAUCGCUCUCUCCAGCGAAGUCCAGCCCAUCGAUAUGCUCUUCCUGCUGGCCAAGCUGGGAGCCAGCAACUUUCAAGUCACCAUGCUCGUCUCGGAAGCAUUCGAGGAGGUUGUCAAGGCCCUGGCCCACGGCCCCUCGUUUGGCGUGCUUUGCGCAAAGACGCUGCCGACCCUAACGGGCGCCUUUGACGUGGCCAACUUGACAGACGACAACCCGCUCGUCACGGUUGCGACGGAGCUGCUGGCCGUUCUGGCCGAGCACGGCUCCGAGCCCCUGCCGGAGGGCUUCGUGGCCGCCACGUUUCCCAAGCUGAACCGCCUGUUGAUGGAGUCCAACGAAGGCGAAGUCCUCCGGCCGGGCUCCGAGACGGUCAAGUGGAUCCUCAUGCACGACCACCAGCAAGUCUUUGGCUGGCAGGACGCCAACGGGGUGUCCGGCUUGGAGGUCUGCCUGCGCAUCAUCGACCGCCUGCUGAAGCCGGAAAUCGAGGACAACUCUGCGUCCGAGGUGGGUGGGCUCGCCGCCGAGCUCGUUGAGAAGGCGGGCCAGGAGCGCCUGGGCCCUUAUCUGCCUCAGCUGCUGCAGGCUGUGGCCACCCGAGUCGACACGGCCCAGGCCGCGGCCUUUAUCCAAUCGCUCAUCCUGGUGUUUGCGCGGCUAUCUCUUGCAGGCGCCCAAGACGUGGUGGAGUUCCUCAGCCAGCUUCAGAUUAAUGGUCAGAACGGUCUCCAAAUCGUCAUUGCCAAGUGGCUUGAGAACUCGGUCAGCUUCGCAGGCUAUGACGAGAUUCGACAAAAUGUCAUCGCCCUGUCGAAACUCUACUCCCUCAACGACCCUCGUCUUGCCCAAAUCACAGUCAAAGGUGACUUGAUCAUCAACGCCGAUGACGGGCGGAUCAAGACGCGCUCCCGCGCGAAGCAGAAUCCCGACCAGUAUACCAUUAUUCCCGCGACGCUCAAGAUCGUCAAGGUCCUUAUUGAGGAGCUUCUUUCGGCGUCCGGGGCGCGGGCUGCGGCCAAUGCUGCCUCUGCUGCCGUGGCUGCCAACGCGGAGCUCGAGUCGGACGACGACGACGACGGCUGGGAAGACGACAACGACACUCUGGACCUCAGCCUCGGGGCGACAAAGGCCGAGCUCAUGUCGUUUGCCGAGGCGGGCGGGCAGCGACAGCGCGACGACGAGACGCAGGCAUACCUGACCGACUUCUUCAUCCGCUGCGGUCGGGAGAACGUGGCCAACUUUCAGGAGUGGUACAACAUGCUCACCGAGGACGAAAAGGCCAAGCUCAACGAGCUUGCCAAUGCGGCGGGGCGGCAGUAG